CAUCAACGAAAGCACAAGAUCUCACCAUAAUAUUUUAGUUUCUAUUUUUACAAGCAAAGAGUGUUUACUGAAGGAAAAUAUUGCAAUGAGUUCAACAAGCAGAGCUUGGGUUGUGGCGGUGACUGUUGGAGCAGUGGAGGCCCUGAAGGAUCAGGGAAUUUGUAGAUGGAAUUACACAUUAAGGUCGCUUCACCAGCAUGCCAAAAACCAUUUGAGGUCAGUUUCGCAGGCCAGGAUGCUGUCUUCUCAGUCUUCUGCGGCUGUUUGGAAUCAAUUGAGAGAAAAGAAAGCAAAGCAAUCUGAAGAGUCUCUGAGUACAGUCAUGUACCUGAGCUGUUGGGGUCCUAAUAAUUGAUGAAAAUUGGAGAAACUCUUAUCUUAGUGGGGUUUAUUUUUUUGUAUAUAGAUGGGAAAAGAGGGUAUGAAUUGAUGUCUAAGGGCAGUAGCUCGAACACUUGAUAAUGAGAAAAAGAGUUUUGGCAAGCAAAUUGCUCCCUUCUGAUAUUUUUACUUUG